AGGAAGGAAGGAAGGAAGGAAGGAAAGAAAGAAAGAAAGAAAGGACUGUCACACACACACAGAGGCGGAAUGUCUGUGCUUUUCACCCUCUUCCUAGCCUCCUGUUGCCCUUGGAUGUCACAAGCACAGACCGAAUUUAAAAGGGUGGCGGAAGGAAACGUGACCUUGCCCUGCCACCAUCGCCUCCAUCUUCUGGAGCCAGGGAGUCUGGAUAUUGAGUGGCUGCUAAAGAACUCUGAAGCUAAACCCAAAGUGGUGAUCACUUAUGCAGGUGGCAACAUCUAUCAUGACAUGAUCGAAGAGCAAAAGGGACGCGUGUCCUUCGCCUCCAAUUUCCUGGGUGGAGACGCUUCUCUGGAGAUUUCUCUUCUGCAGCCAAGCGACUCUGGGCAAUAUACGUGCAAAGUUAAAAAUGCUGGACAGUAUGAAUGGAGCCAUAUCACUUUGAAGGUUCUAGAGAAACCUUCAAAACCCAAAUGCUGGAAAGAAGGGGUGGCAUCUGAAGGAAAAGAAAUCACUUUACAAUGUAACUCCGUCUCUGGCACAGCCCCUAUCAUGUACACAUGGCAGCGCGUAGAUUCAAAGGGAAAAUUUGAGUCUCUGCCACCCUCAACACGUCUCAAUCUGUCUAAUCCUGCCCAAAUUAUUAUGAAGAAUCUCACAUGGAUGUUCACAGGAUCAUACCAGUGCACUGCCUCCAACGAAGCAGGAGAGGACAGCUGUGCCAUACAAGUGACAGUGCAACAUCCCCCGAAUGUCGGCAUUGUUGCUGGAGCAAUCUGUGGAGUGAUGGGAGUAUCCUUGCUCAUUGUCUUGGCUGUGUGGCGAACUAUCAAAAGGAAAGAAAAAAAUAAAUACGAAGAAGAGACUCCAAAUGAAAUCAGGGAAGAUGCAGAGGCACCCAAGGCCCGAUUAGUCAAGCCUGGCUCUUCCUCUUUGGGCUCCAGAAGCUCACAUUCUGGUUCUUCCUCAACAAGAUCCACAGAAAACAGUGCCUCUCGCAGCCAGCAAACACUGUCGACAGAAGCUACCCCACACCUAACACCGACGCAGCGCAGCCACCUUGAGAUGAAUGGCAGGAAAAUUGAGCCAAAGAGAAGUAACUACACCAGUUUGAUCAAAACGGAAGAAACCCCUACAAUGAUGCCUGCUCAAAGUCGAGCUUUCCAAGCCGUUUGAUUACUGCUCCGUCUAUUUGGGCUCCACCUAUAUCCAUAAAUUACAUGCGCUGCCAGCAUUAUGCAAUUAUUUUAUUUUUCAAUGCAAUAUUGGUUUUCUAUAGUCAUGCACAUACACACAAAGAACAAAAACCCUCAGUAUUUUUUUAAUCUUUCUGUUUUGAGGUACAAGCAGACUUGGAAAAGAGAACUCGUAAAAACAAUUAUUUCUAUUUUUUUAAGAUUUUUUUUUUUUUAAUUUUUGCGAGUAAAGCUUGGAAGGAGAAAAGGGAAUGCUGACCCAACAGGAAUAGCAUUUUGCAGUUUUGGGCCAAUUAGCUUUUUUUAAAAGAAAAGAAUACUGUGGAAUAGAGAUGCUCCAGCAGAAUUCUUAAGGGAAAAUGAAAUGCAUACAUAUACAAUUGUCUUCAGUUGUGACCUCUGCUUUUCACGGCUAAUGUUAAGUCUGAUCAGCUUCAAGAGAAAACUGACAGGACGUUGCAUGUGUCCUUUUCUUGAAUUAUCAAUAUUUGGACACAUCACCACCAAUGAAGCAGAAAACAGUAACUUUGGGGAAAAGCGAGAAGCAAUAUUAAACUUUAAUUGGUCUUCUUUACUGGAGGGACUUUCUGUGAACAUGGAAGUGCAUUAAUUUAAGAAGGUACGUACGACUGAAUACGGCUAAAGAAUAUAGACAUUAGCCCACUGUGACCAAGCUAAUGUAUUUGUAUGUAUGUAUGUAUAUAUUCAUAAAUAAUAAGCAAUUCCACUAAAGGGAAUUAUAUCCUAAUGGAUCAUUAGAAUGUGAGAUCAGCAUCAAAUCCUGAAUUCCAUUUACAAGUUUUUAAAAAUGGUGUUUUUAAAAUACUGUUCUCUAUGCUGGACAUAGCGACAUUCAUUUUAGGAUGAGUAGUGCCAAAGGUUUUUUUUUGGGGGGGGGGGAGCAUUUUUGGUGGGAAUACAAUGUCAUGAUUAGUAAACAUUUUGAGGUAAUAAUCUAGGAAAUGUGAUCAUUUGGAUGGAUACAGCAUACUCAAACUUGUGCAACUAACUGCAAAAUUUAAAGGAGAUAUAAAGAAUGGAAAUGAGCUGGAAAUGUAGAUUUCAGCUAUGGUGUUAAGAAUGCUUUCAUCUCUCCAAAGUGGAAUGUCUCAUCUACGGACAGAACUAGUAUCACCCAGCUUUAACGAUAAGAAAAUGCAAGUUGUUUGACUUCAAGUGCCAACUAGAUUGCAAAGAUGAUGAGUUUUAAACUGAUAUUAUUCCAGGGGGAUUAUUUCACAUCACAUUCUUAAACACAGUCAGAAAGAAGGAAAUAAGAGAACCCACUAGACUCAUAUAUUAUAAGAGUAAUUUAUAAAUGGUGACUUAGGAUUCAAAAGUAGGAUGUGCAUUGCUAAUACAGGACAGUCAGUAUUACUGAUCUUAUAAGACUGCGACAGAAAGCUAUUUUCACAAGAAAUAAGAAGCAGGUUUCCAGCUAUACAGCAGACACACUUAAUUUAGAAGUCUCCAUAACAAAAUUUCUGGAGCAUCUUGAAGCACAUUCAACUAUGAUUAAAGUCAGCAUUGCAUGAAUUCCUCAGCUGAGUCUUAUAUAUGCUCACUCAGAAGUUAAGAACCAGGCAUGGCAGGUUUCCUGUCUGCUUGUUUAGAAUGUUAGGAUUAUUUCAUCUCUCUCAACCAAGCUAGUUUAUCCCUUCAUCGACCUUAACUGAAUAUCAAAAAAGCAAUUCAGCUUACAAACCAUCAUCAAGUCCCAUAACGCAGAACACAACAUAAAGUAAAAUCCAAGGCAGAUGAACUAUUCCAUCAUUUUAUUUAUACCAAAACUCAGAAUAUUGCAGGUUAUCAAAUCAUGAUAGUUAUCCCAAGUUGUUUUCACCACCUUUUAAAUUAAAAAGCGGUUUAAAUCUUAUUUUAAAAUUGAUGCUUCAUGAACAAGGUAUAGAAAUCAAUUAGUUAGGACAAUUUGCUACAAAAUAGAGCAUACCUGCCUUAACUCUUGGGGGGGGGAGGGAGCUAUAGGCACUGUUAGUUUUGAAAAAGUGGCUGGCAUCAUGUCAAAAUCCCCAUAGGAAAGAAUAGGGAAUCAUAAAAUUUAGUAUACGGAAACAACAAGCUCCUUGAAAGAUAAAUUGGCAAUACACACUCUAUUAGUUUUCUACUUUAAUAAACAUCCACCGCACAGGAAGUGAAAAAUGUUUCCCUAAAUCACAUGCAAAUAUAUAUAUAUACCAAAUACAAGAAUGAAUUACUCCCAACGCCACCUCAACCAUUAGCACAAAAACUAUGCUCAACAAUAGUAAAAUGCAACAAAACUCAAACAACCCAUUCUAUAAAUUCAUACAAGCAAAAACUAUUCUUUAAAAAAUUCUGAAAGUCCUGCCAGUUAAAUCAGCGAAAAAAUAUGCACGCACCCCAUUCACCAAUGAAGCACAUCUUCACCUCAUCAGUGUUCUUUAUGCUUAUUUUUUUUCAACUGCCUGGUUUGGGUUCUUUCUUCUAAAACCAUCUACUCUACCCUUCUUAUAGCUACUUUAAAUCAUCCACAUUUCAUUUACUUUCCUAACCCACUCCCUUCCUCUUAGGUCAGAGUUUUGAAAGCUUACCCUGCAACAUCCUGUUUCCCUUUUCCUGAUAAAUCUGCGGCCAUCACCUAUCCAAUCUUUUAUUUCCUGAAGCUGUACUUUAUACAUGGGGAUACAGAAGUACGUUGAAAGAAAAUGGAGUUAGGCCUCCCAAAUGCCCAAGUGCUGAUUUUGUUGUUUUACAAGUCUUUAAAAUAUUUUCCAUUUCAAAGAGCAAUCCAUGAUAGGCAUAAAGAGGGGCCUGUUUUAGGGCAUACUUGGACAAUGACUACAUUGGCAGUCCUUCUAAACUCUAAAACAUGAUAGUAAAAUUAUUUAUUAUAUAGGCAGAUGUUCUGAACCUCCUGUUUAUAUUCACUAGCCAAACUCUGCAAACAAUCUGAAUUCUACCACUGAAAAGAAUAAAUGCAAGGGAAUUUCUCAGAUAUUAAGCAGGGAAGAAAUUAUGGUGCAAGAAAAUAACAGUAUGUCACAUUUCACUGGGAUUUCACUGAAAAAGGGAAUAUUUAAGCACAAUGGCUUCCAAUUCAUGACCUUAAAUAGUAUCUCACAAGGGAAACACUAUACUCUGAACAGCCAAUUGUUAUUUUGUAAAAUAUCCUUUAAACAUUGUUACCUUGUAUGCAAUUUACUAUGUAGUACUAUGUAUUACUGUUGUACAAAUUCCUACUUUUGUUUUUUAUUUUUGAACUGGUAAAACUGAGGACACCUUCUUGCCUGCCGCCAUCCGUGAUUUGUGCUCAGCACAAGCAAAGCAAAAAAAGGGAGUAAAUAUUUAUUUUAAACUGUCCUGAUUCCACCAUUUUAAGACGUCAUUGUUUUUAAAUAAAGGCUGCCAAACUGCAGUUUGGCUAAACCCAAA